CCUAUGUUUAUUUUCGAAUUUUUAGCAAGCUUAGAUAAUUUAUAUUAAGAGUUUUUCUGGUCUACAUAACACGGAACUAUAGAAAAACAUACCAUCUUCUUUUUGGCUUGGAUUUACAAGAUUUUCUUAUGUUAAUGAUAUCCCAAUUCGAGAUAGUGCUGCCUGCCAAAAAGAUAUAAGAAAGAGUUCUUAUUAUCACUCACUCAAAGGCACAGAAGAGAAAAGGCACAAUUAAUGGGAGUGUUGCGUCAGUAACACCAAUCCCCUCUUGACGAUCACGUUUUAAAAAAUAUAUAAUGGCCUUGUGACAUCAUAAGAAAGAGACCCUACAUUAUCAAUAGGAUAAUCCCUCAAACAUAUGGACAGUAUAUGAUUGGACAAAAAAAUGAAAUCAUUAAGAGUUUUAAUAUUGUGAGUGUGAUAUCGCGUGGACACACCACAGUGUUUAGCUUAUAUAUGUAGUGGCCAGAGCAUGCCAUGGUGAAGCAAGCUGAGAAAGAACAUUAUAGUAACAUUAGUGAUAAAGAGAGACAGAGAGAGAACAAGAAGAAAGAGAUGAAUAUGAUGCAAGAGGAAAACCGAAAGGGUCCAUGGACAGAACAAGAAGACAUCAUUCUGGUAAAUUUCGUACACUUAUUUGGAGAUCGGCGAUGGGAUUUUAUAGCAAAAGUAUCAGGUUUGAACAGAACAGGAAAGAGUUGCAGGCUAAGGUGGGUUAACUAUCUUCAUCCUGGUCUCAAACGUGGCAAGAUGACACCACAAGAAGAGCGUCUUGUCACUGAGCUUCACGCUAAAUGGGGAAACAGGUGGUCAAAAAUAGCUCGGAAAUUGCCAGGAAGAACAGAUAAUGAGAUAAAGAAUUACUGGAGGACUCAUAUGAGGAAGAAAGCUCAAGAAAAGAAGCGUCAUGUUUCUCCAAGUUCUUCAUGUUCCAACUGCUGCUCUUCGUCUAUGACCACUACCAAUACUCAAGAUGUGUCUUUUGAGUCACGUAUGUCGUCAGGGAAAGUAAGCUUUUACGACACUGGAGGAAAUAGGGAGAUGAAUCAAGAAGAAACCAAAGACGGAUACUCAAUGGAUGAUAUAUGGAAAGAGAUUGAUCACUCUGCAGUAAACAUAAUUCAACCAGUUAAAGACAUCUAUUUAGAGCAAAGCUAUUGCUUAAGUUACCCCAAUAUGGCUUCUCCAACAUGGGAAAGCUCCUUGGAUUCUAUAUGGAAGAUGGAAGAAGAUAAAAGUAAGAUGUCUUCCUUUGGAAAUGAUCAGUUUCCUUUCUGUUUCCAACACAGUAGAUCACCAUGGUCUUCAGGUUAAUUAGGAUUCCAUUCAUUCGUUGAAAAUCUAUAUAUAUUGUAUGUUAUAUAGUUAUAUAAAUACAGAAUAAAACCUAACGACUGUAAUCGCUUUGUUGAUGAACAAAAAAAGAACAUCCUAAGUCUCUGUAAUAAAUAUCUCAUGUGUAGUUUUGUGCUUUGUUUUUUA